AUGUCUUCUCCAACAUCGUCUACCGCGUCGGGCAGAAUCACGGACGAGCGCAUGAUGCACCUCCGUGCCGAGUCCAAGCUCCGACAAAAGCUCAUACAGGCCAUCGAGAAGACGGCAGAACAGCUACAGAUUGUGCGCGAACAAAUCGACCUACUAAGGAACCAGCGGUUCGAGAUCGACAGGCAAAUCAUGACAUACGAGACUAGAUUGCGCCUGAGGGCCGAGGUGCAGGAUAAUGUUGAUGCCAAGGAGAGCGAGGCCGAGGAGUUGAGGGAGCAGCUCGCCACGGCGGUGCAUGAGCUUGAAGACUAUGACGAGACGACGCAGCUCAAGUCCAAGGAUUUGUCGUCUGCUGCCUCUGAUGAGGAAUACUGA